AUGGGUGAUUUGUUAGAACUGACACCUAAACAGUGGCGUGCCGUCGCGAGUGUUUACCAUCUCUACGUUGUAAGCGGUGGAAGUUGUGAAACACCGCGUAAUUCGCAAGACCAUGAGGGCGCCUUUCGGUGGUUGGAAGGAGUUCUUCCCGCACUUAAGCGCGCCUUCCCACCAUCGUUUCUCAAACAAUUUAACCGAGAAGAAGCGGCUGAAACAUUCAAGGAAUGCGACAGCAAUUUCGAGGAGGAAGGUAGGAGGAAGAAAAAGAAGAGGAAGAGAGAGGAAGGUGAAGCCGAUGACGGCGGUGCUGAAGCUCAGGAGGGCUCCCUGAGGUUGUUGGAACCGGCCCCGUGGCGCCGGGAGGUCCCCGCUGAUAUUGAUAAGUUUCUGUCGAAUUUGUUUCAACAAAAUACAUGCAUAAAACUUAGUAAAGGAGAAAGGAUCCUCCUUCGCCUUCUUAAUAGGGAGCAGAUGAAAUUCGACAGGUCCUACGAGAGGCAUUCCUCCAUGAAGGACGCUGUGCGUCAAAUGGGUGAAAAACUUCUCGCACUAGCGUCAGUCGAUGCCGCCUCCGGCACCAUUGCCGCUAGCGCUGUUGAAAGUUACGAGAACAGAAAUGGAACUGGCGUAGCCGGUGAUGGCGAUGAGGCUCAUGUGAGGCGAUCACACCAUGUGCAGAGUUCUGCCACUGAGCAAUGUCAUGAUUCUCCUUCCGCCACAAGUCGAAACGGAACUCAGACGCAGUACGCAGAAGGAGGAACACUAAAUGGUAAAACAAACGACGAUGACGAAACGAGGCGUCACGGUGACUGCGAAAUCGUGGAUUUGGUAACUCCAUACGAUUCGCCCCCUCAUAACAGUGGUACAUCUGGCUCUGUUUUUGUGUUAUCGGUGGAAGAAGCGGUGAAGGCUUCACAAACUAACGGAGCAAUCGAGGUGGUUUGCGCUGAGUGUGGAGAAGGUGGCUCGCUGUUCCAGUGCGUUCGGUGCAACGUUCUGCGCCAUGAGGCUUGUGGCGGGCCAAAGUAUGAGUCGGAAAUCGGCUACUGUAAGGUGUGUUGCCGCGAGAUGGGAAUGGACAGCGACACCACAAGCUUGCGCUCAUCCACAUCCACUGAGGAACGGCUGAUGGCAGCUGAUGAUGAUUCAGAUACGAGCCUUUCUGGCUUCAUCGUGAACUCAGAUGACGAAGAGGAGGAAGAUGACGAGGACGAGGGCGAACAUGGGCGAAACAUCAAGAGAACCACAGAGCAAGGAUGCUCAGUCGUGCAGGGAUCGUUGUCAUCGCAGUCGGUGUUCACUAUGCUGCCUGAGGAAUGCCCCUUUAAGAGGGAAAAAAUGAGAAUGAAAGAGUCACAUAAGUAUUGGUGA